AUGGCUGUCACGGCCAUUACUUCCCACACGAAAAGCUUCAUCCAUAAACUCUCACGUUCCACUGAAUCUAUUCCCACCCUCGUCGCCUCUCUCUAUCGAUUUCUACUCUUUCAGGCUAAUUCAUUCUGGAUCCAGUCCUGUUACCUCUUCUCUUUGUCUAUGGCUGGUUUCUUACUUCUAAAGAUACUGCCUCUGAGAGACGUGACGAGUAAGCCUACCAACGUCGACCUGCUCUUCAUGUCGGUGUCAGAUAACACAGUCUCAAGCAUGGAUGCCAUGGAAAUGGAGGUGUUCUCCAACUACCAGCUCGGAGUUCUAACUCUUCUAAUGGUGAUUCGAGGAGAGGUUUUCGUUUCCCUGCUUGGUCUCCACUUCGCAAAGAUCAAGUCCCAGAUGAAGGAUUCUUCACUCGAUGCAUCUGGCAUGGAACUCGCUACUCUCCCCGAUCAAGCCGAGCCCGGACACCAGAAACCCAACCUGAUGCCUCCCGACAUGACAGUACUGGACAUGAAAUCUAGCUCUAGAAAGCACCUGUUCUUUGUGGCGUUGGGCUAUCUCAUAGUAGCUCACGUGGUUGGUUUCCUGCUCAUCCUUGUUUACCUGCGACUUGUCCCAGAUGCCGGAACUGUGCUUGACCGAAAGGGUAUCAAUGCGUCCAUGUUUUCCAUAUUUACGACGGUCGCUACCUUCGCCAACUGCGGCUUCGUGCUCACCAAUGAGAAUAUGGUGGUGUUUAGGACUUGUUCUGGCCUCCUACUGAUAGUUAUAGUGCAAGCACUCGUCGGAAACACGAUGUACGCCUCGAGUUUGAGGGUAUUCAUCUGGCUCUUGAAGAAGCUCACCAAGCGGCAGGAGUACGAUUACCUGCUAAAUAACUACGGGGAGAUGGGUUAUGAUCACUUGCUUCCUGGCCCUCAUGCAUUGUGCUUGGCACUCACCGUGGCGGGGCUUCUGCUUCUACAACUCAUACUGUUCUGCUGCAUGGAGUGGACGUCCGACAGCUUAACUGGGCUGAGCACGUAUCAGAAGAUCGUCGGUGCCAUGUUCCUGUCAGUGAACUCACGCUACGCCGGAGAAUCCAUUGUUGUCCUCUCAGCUAUCUCUCCGGCCAUCCUGGUGUUGUUUGUCGUGAUGAUGUUAGUACACCUUUUUUCCCAUACACUAUAA